CAGCAGGGGCUGCAGAUGGCGCAUCAGUGAACGAGCAGUGACUCUGUCCAGACUGAAGCUGCUAGUACAGUCCGGUGAAUGGACGCUCGCUCGCUCGAGGGAUGAGUGCGAGUGUCUGUCCUGCAACAGUUUACUUUAAUCUCGAGAAGUGAUGCCGUAUAUAUGUCGCAAUUGUGUUCAAAUGGCGAAUAGUCUUUUACAGUACAUGACCGUUAUUUUUAUGACCAUAUAUUGAUAAUACGAAACCGCAACUGAUGUUGGUCAGAAAGUGAGUUUAACGGGAACGGAGGCAUCGUGAGUUUAACGAACUUGCAGUUCAGAAUGUUGUGGGAUGGAUGAGGAGGAGCAGAACCGCUAUGUGGCCCAGCUGAAGGCUGAAUUCGACAGCUGUGACACCACAGGCACAGGUUACCUUGACAAAGAGGAGCUUACCGCUUUAUGCCACAAACUCAGUUUAGAUGCCCAUCUGCCCUUGCUGCUGGACACUCUUCUAGGUCCACAGCAUUAUGCCAGGGUUAAUUUUGAGGAGUUCAAAGAGGGCUUUGUGGCUGUGUUGUCGAGGUCAUUGGAUUUCAGUACAUCAGAGGAGGAGAGCAGCUAUCUUGAGCCAGCAGUCCAAGAAGAAGUGAAGCCUAAAUAUGUGAAUGGAACCAAAAGGUACGGCCGCCGAUCACGACCAGACAAGAAUGACUUGGAGCUAACAGCCGACUUGGAAGACUCGCCAGCGUUUGACAAACUAGAAACAAAUGGCGUGAGGAGAGCCAAGCUCAGACGCUCCACCUCACUGGAGAGUGUUGAGAGUCUGAAGUCUGAUGAGGACACUGGAAGCCACAAGGACUCCGCUCACCACUAUUUUGUGGCACAAGGCCAGUUGAAGAUCUGGAGUCAAGAUGGAACAGGAAGUCCCCAGCACUCCCUCGAGCUCCCCAAGCAGGAUGUGACAGACGGGCAGGUGAGGGCAGUAUGGGCGGAGCUGGGGGUCGGAGCCGGAGGGAGAUUAAACCGUGAGGAGUUGGCACUCGUCUGUGAACACAUCGGCCUCAAGAACUUACAGUCUGAGGAUUUAGAUGCUCUCUUCAGGAAACUAGACAGAGAUCAGGAUGGGAGAGUCAGUCUGAGUGAGUUUCAGAGCGGUCUGUUCAGACAACACCAUCAUGGUGCACCCAUCUCUACCUCCACCCCUGCCCGGCCCAAACCCCAGCGCCCAAUCUCAAAGGCCCUUGAGGAACGUGUGGUGCGGUCCACCUCCCCUUCAAUACUGUCAGCCACUGUGGGUCAGAGACUGUUGAGCCGGCUGGAUGAUGGGUCGGGAAGCACAAGCCCAGAGAAAGUCAUUGCUCUGUGGACGGAGGACGGCAUCCACAACAGCAGGGAUGUUUUACAGAUUCUGGACUUUUCUCUAGAGGAGAGACUUUGUUUGGCUGAACUCACUCUUGCUCUGGACAAUGAGUUACUGGUCAGUGGAAAUGGCAUCCACCAGGCGGCUCUGGUCUCCUACAAGAACGAGAUAAACUACUUGCACGUGUUGGCAGACCAGGCCUGCCAGGAGAGAGACAAAGCCAAGGCUGAUCUGGAACUGGCCGACCGCCGUAACCUGCAGCUGGUCAGAGAGGUAGACGAUCGCCAUAGCACCAUGGAGUCUCUCAAUGAGUCAAAGAUCAAGGGUUUGGAGCUGGAGUUCAGGGACAAGCUCAUGGCACUGCGGAGUGAAUCCGAAUAUGAGAGCGAGAUAUUCCUGGAGGAGAUGGAACAGGAGCGGGCGAGACUUCGGGAGGAGCUGGAGCUUCUCAGGUCUCAAGAUGCCAGCCUGCAUGAGGAAGUUUGCACUGCUGCGAAGGAGAACAGUCGAUUGGAGAAGGAGGUCAGUGUUUUGAAGGAGAAGCUGUCCGAAACCGAGAACACCAUCUCGAAACUACAGAGAGAUCUAGAUAACCUGCUGCAGGAUAAGUAUGGUGACCUUGAUCCAAAUGGUACAGGACUAAAUCAAGAGGAGCACUUCUCAGAGAUCAUUAAGGAGUACGAGAAGCAGUGCAGGGAGUUGCAGGACAGGAAUGACGAGUUACACUCAGAACUUGAGUUGGUAAAGUCUCAAGGCUCAGAAAGAAGAUCACGACGAUACAGGGAGAGCCUAUCCACUCAUGACUGGUCAGGCCGAAGAGCAAUAACCACAGAAUCUGAUUCUGAUGAUCCAGAAAUGAAGAAAUCGCCGCACAGAAAAAAGCUUCUAGUCUCGGACAAGAAUGCUUUGGGUUCCUUAGAAAGUUUGGCUCCUACUUUGAGCAUCGAGACUGAAUUGGCCAUCGGGCAGAUGAAAGAGAAAUAUGAGCAAGAGAUUCAAGACUUGAAGAUCCAACUAGAGACAAAGGUGAACUUCUAUGAGCGCAGCAUGGAGCUGAUGCGUCAGAAUAUGGAGGUUGAGCGGAAGGACAUCUCGCAGUGUUUUAAGAUGGAGAUCAGUGAAUUAGAGGAGCAGAAAGCUCAAGCUGAGCAGCGUGCAGCGCGCAUGCAUCAGGCUGUGGAGAGACUGGAGGCAGAGAUGAUGGGAGGGGCCUGGAGUCCGGAGCAGGAGCGGCGGAUUCAGCGAGAGCAGGCCGAUCUGGAGCAAAACUACGCUCGUGAAAUCAGUAACAUCGUAUUGAGUCUCACCUCAGAGAAAGCUCAACUGGAGGCAGAGCUCAAGCUGAAGAUGGACCAGGAGGUGCUGCUUGUAAGGGAGAAGGCGGAGCAGCAGAUAUUGCAGAUGAAAGCGCAGCACAGCAAGGCCCAGCGCUGUCUGCAGGAACAGUCCGAGGAGCAUCGUAGAGAGAUUGAUUCAUGGAAGUCAAGAGCACAGGAGGCGCGCAAGGAGUGUCUCCUCAGUGCCGAGCGCUGGGGUGAAGAGCAAGCUCAGAUUUGCAGUAGAGUGGCACAGGAAAAGAAACAACGAGAGGAGGAUCAUCAGGAGGAGAUCAGGCAGCUGAAAGAGCACAUACAGGUACUCGAAGAUCAAGCUGAGCUUGCCUCCAGGGCUGAGGAGGAGCUGAUCAUACUACAGAGAAAACUGGAAGAUAAACUGGAGGAGAUGUGUGUUCAACUGGAAGACAAUACAGUGUCCAUGAAAGCCCAAGAUGCCCUCAUACUGCAUUUGACUUCGGAGCUGUAUGCCAAAGAGAAGGAGAUGGAAAUCAGGAAUGAGAGAGAACAAAAGCUUUGCGAUAAAGUGUCUCAGGUUGAGCAGAAGCUUAAAGAUGAACGAGAAAAGAGACAAGAACUCGCGAAGCAGAAGGAGCAAACGCUGAAAGAAACAGAGAGGUGUUUUAAGGAUAAGCUAUGCCAGCUUGAACAGGAGAAACUGAAGGAGAAGGAGAAGGAACGGGAACUUCUUGUUACAGUUUCUCGGUUGACAACAGAGUUGGAGAAGCUGAGGACUGAUUUAGCAACUUUGCAGGAGGAGAUUGAAAAGAUUCAAAGCGACAGAAGUCAUCUAUACGCUGAGAGACAACUAAGAGAGGUAGAGGAGCUUCAGGAGAACUUGGCUAAAACUCACGAGGCGUUGAAAGACCGAGAUGACGAUCUUUCAAGACAGGCGUCUGCACUAAAUGCUUUGGAGCUUGAGAGAGAUAGACUCUUAGUGGACCUCAAACAGCUCCAAACGCAAGUCAAUAGUCUCUCAGAGGACUGGGAUCAGAUACACACCAGUGAACAAAACCUUCAAAGCUCCCUUCGUGUGGAGCAAUGUAAGGUUGAACGGCUCCAAGCCCUUCUGAACUCUCAACAAGAGGACUCAAGACGUCUCGAACAGGAGAACACUGGCUAUAAGAGACUUGCGGACCAGCUUUCAUCUCAGAUUGUUGAGAUGGAGGAUGAGGGGAACAAGCUCAAAGGCGACUUUGAUAAAAUGACUCUGGACCUCCAAAGCAAAGAUAGCCAAAUGCUUGAACUCCAUCAUCAGCUGGAAGCCAAAGUGGAAGAGAUGGAUUUGCUGUGGAAUGAAGUUCAGCUGAAGCUUAACUUGUUAAAGAAUGUCAGUCAUCUCUCCGGUCAGGUUCAGAUUUUGACCGAGCAACUGAAGAACAAAGAGCGAGAGCUGUGCUCUGUGAGGGAGGAGGCCGAUGACACCACCAACCAACUACAGCAAUCGCUGAUAGACUCUCAGAUGGAGCUUCAUCAGAUGGAGGAGUCCUUUGAAUGCGAGAAGAUGCAAAUGAAAGAACGGCUUCUUGAGAUGGAGGGACUUGUUAUGGCUUUAGAGCUGGAGGUGGAUCCAGACUGUCACCACAGGGGACAACUUGAUGAGGUCAGCUCUGAAAACGCCGCUCUGAAGGAUCGACUUGCUGUCCUACAGCAGGAUGUGAAGUUGCUUGAGGAGGAGGUCAACAAAAAGACGAGGAAACUUGAGGAGCUGGAGAGAAAUUCCAGCAAGGACCAUGAAGAGGAGGAAAAGCUACGUGAAGAGAACAGCAGAUGUCGAGAGGAGGUACUUGAGCUCAGUGUGAGAAACCUGCAGCUGAGCAGUGAUAAUGCUGAAUUGAGCUCUAGACUGGGUUCUGAUCAAAGAGCCGUCCAGAUGCUGACUGACAGACUGGCACAGGUGUGUCAGGAGAAAGAUGAGACCGAUGCCUCUCACAGACAGCUGCAGGACACCCUACAGAUGAAGGACAAUGACAUACUGAAGCUUCAGGAACAGUGGAAGAAAGAAAAAAACUUUCUGGAGAGCGAACUCAAAACUGCAGAGGAGAAGUUACUGCAAUUGACAGUUGUUGAGUCUACAUUAACUAGUCAGACCCUAAAAAACCAAGCACUGGAGCGAGACAAAGAUCGCUUGUUGAAGGAAAUGGCAGAUGAGAAGCAAGAGUUGGAGAAGCUUAAAGAAUCUCUUCACAGCGCUGAAACGCAGAUAGAGCAGCUCAACUCACAGCUGUUAAGAGUGUGGCAAGAAAAAGACAUACACAUCCAGGAGAUCUCCACACAUCAAAAGAUGCUGCAACAGUGUCAGGACAAGGUCCAGGAGCUGAAGGAGAGCUUGAGUCAGUUGCAUAAAGAGAAGGAGCAGUUACAUCAGACUCACAGAAUGCAGGAGGAGAUGACGCUCUGUGUUUUACAGAAAGAGUGCAAGAGUUUACGUGUACAGAACGAGGAGCUUUUUAACAGGGUGGCUCAGCUGCAGACUCAGGAGCUGGAACUUCAGAAGUUGACACAUGUACACCUUACUUUAAGGAAUAAACAGACAGAGCUGGAGACUGCUAGACAAGAGGCAAUUCAACAGGCACUGAGGGCAGACAGCGCUCUGUCACUGGUCCAGGCUCAGCACACACGUGAGGUACAGGAGUUAAGGGAACAGGUGGGGUCUGGUACCCGGGAGCACCUGUCUCAUCUGCAAACACAGCUGGUUGAACAGCAGCGCAGGACGCAGGACUUAGAAGAUCUGCUUCGCUCUCAGGCCAAGCAGGCCAAUGUUCAGAUGGGCCUUCAGCAGGAGCAGUAUGAGAAAUUGAUGGGGAGUAUGCAGGAGCGUAUGGAUGAGGUUGAGGCCAAACUGAAGAACACACGUGUCCUGCUGCAGGAGAAAGUCAACCAGCUUAAAGAACAGCUGGCCAAAAAUGCCAAGUCAGAUCUACUGCUGAAGGAUCUGUAUGUGGAGAACUCUCAGCUCAUGAAAGCUCUACAGGUGACUGAGCAGAGGCAGAAGAGUGCAGAGAAGAAGUCCUUCAUCCUGGAGGAGAAAGUAGUCGCCCUUAAUAAACUGCUGCGUAAAAUCGCCCCAGCAUCCCUCACCGCUUAGAGCUCUCUCCCUGCAGUUCUGUACAUGUGGUACUAGACUGUGAAGUCUCAUCUUGGUGCAAAAUGUUCUUUUGUUGACGCAGUAAACAAUCAUAGUGUUAAACUAAAAGCACAAAUAAUGUAAAUAUUACGUUUACCGAAUGUUAUAUUUCAGUUGUGCUUUUUCAACAAUGUAAAGGACAAAGUAUAGUUAUUUAAGUUUUAUGGCCUUUUUAGAGGCAAUUGAAUACCAAUGGACAAGAUUUUUUGUUGUACAAAACACUUUAAUUAUGUGUAAACAUGACAUCGCAUUUUUGUUUACUGUGAUGUAGGGUACAAACUAAGUAUUAUCUGGCAAGUGUAGAUCACUUCAAUAAAAAAUUUUAUUCAGUUUUAA